GAAUUGAUUACAAAAGAGUCUCCUUCCUAAACUGGUAGAAGCCCAGUUCCAACACCUGCCUUUUGGCACCCUGGCUCCUUUUACAGGUCCUUCGGGAAAAAAGAGCGGAUGAACCAUUAUACGCAGAGUGGCAGAAGAUCCAUGCUAGUUGCUUUUCCCAAGCUUCUCCACUAAUGGAAAGACCUCUGGGAUGUGUGAGGAGUGGUCUGAUAGAAAACAGAUGGAGCCGAGUCCAGAGAGCUCAUGAGCUGUGGCUUACCCACUGAAGCGAGGCAGUUGAGUUUCCCUCUACACCAGUUUCCUCAUCUGUAAAAUGGGGGCUAGCUCUGAUGAUCCACAGGCUCAGAAAUACAUCACGGAAAGUAAAUGUUUAGUCAUUGAAAAAAAUGGAAAGUUACGAUAUGAAGUAGAUACUGGAGAAGGAACAAAGUUUGUUAACCCAGAAGAUGUUGCCAGACUGAUAUUUAGUAAGAUGAAAGAAACAGCACAUUCUGUAUUGGGCUCAGAUGCAAAUGAUGUAGUUAUUACUGUUCCAUUUGAUUUUGGCGAAAAGCAAAAAAAUGCUCUUGGGGAAGCAGCCAGAGCUGCUGGGUUUAAUGUUUUGAGGUUAAUCCAUGAACCAUCUGCAGCUCUUUUGGCUUAUGGAAUUGGACAAGACUGCCCCACUGGAAAAAGCAAUAUUUUGGUGUUUAAACUUGGAGGAACAUCCUUAUCUGUCAGCGUCAUGGAAGUGAACAGUGGAAUAUAUCGUGUUCUUUCGACAAACACUGAUGAUAACAUCGGAGGUACACACUUCACAGAGACCUUAGCAGAGUAUCUAGCUUCAGAGUUUCAGAGAUCCUUCAGACAUGACGUGAGAGGGAACCCCCGAGCCAUGAUGAAGUUGAUGAGCAGUGCUGACAUCGCAAAGCAUUCUUUGUCAACCUUGGGAAGCGCCAACUGUUUCCUCGACUCACUCUAUGAAGGUCAGGAUUUUGACUGCAAUGUGUCCAGAGCAAGAUUUGAACUUCUCUGUUCUCCACUUUUUAAUAAAUGUAUAGAAGCAAUCAGAGAACUCUUAGAACAAAGUGGAUUUACAGCAGAUGAUAUCAAUAAGGUCGUCCUUUGUGGAGGGUCUUCUCGAAUCCCAAGGCUACAGCAACUAAUUAAAGAUCUUUUCCCAACUGUUGAGCUUCUGAAUUCUAUCCCUCCUGAUGAGGUCAUCCCUAUUGGUGCAGCUAUAGAAGCAGGGAUUCUUAUUGGGAAAGAAAACCUUUUAGUGGAAGACUCCCUUAAGAUAGAGUGUUCAGCCAAAGAUAUUUUAGUUAAGGGAGUCGAUGAAUCAGGAGCCAACAGUUUCACAGUACUGUUCCCAUCAGGGACUCCUUUGCCAGCUCGAAGACAACACACAUUACAAGCCCCCGCAAGUAUAUCUUCAGUAUGCCUUGAACUCUAUGAGUCUGAGGGGAAAAACUCUGCAAAAGAAGAAGACAAGUUUGCACAGGUUGUACUCCAGGAUCUAGAUAAAAAAGAAAAUGGAUUACGUGAUAUAUUAGCUGUUCUUACUAUGAAAAGGGAUGGAUCUUUACAUGUGACGUGCACAGAUCAAGAGACUGGAAAAUGUGAAGCAAUUACUAUUGAAGUGGCAUCUUAGUGUUCUAGAGAAACCAGGAAUUUUUUGGAACUAGACUAUCAAUAUUACUUGGUUUUGUUUACAAGUGAUGUUUAUAUUAAAAUACUUUUUGAAUGAAUCGUAUAUGUUUCUAUUAAAAUACAAUAUAUUGGUAAGUGUUGCAACCUUUUUUUGUUUUCCAUUUAGGAUGGGGAAUAUAAGGUCCUUUAUUAAAGUGGGAAAUAUAAGGAACUUCUAUCAUGAAGCUAUUUAGAAUUAAAUUGAGUGCAUUGAAGGAAAUUUUACUGGAAAUUUAAGUGUGUUUUUAAAAAAUUUUUGUUCUAUAACUUCAAAUUUGAACAAGUCUUAAUUCUUAUUAAAUAUAAGCUAGGAACAAUUUACAAGUUUUUGAUAUUAAAUGAAGAAAAUUGGAGAACCAUGUGAAAAGUAAGAUACCAUUUUUGCUUAAAAGAAAAAAGUAAAUUCAUAAACUCAACAAUUGUGUAUAGAUAUGUGUGUGACAAGCAUAGAAAACAAAAGUCUAGAAGGCUGCCUACCAAACUUGUAACAGUGGCCUUUUUGUGGACAGAAAUAUAGGGUGGCACUUUCACUUUUCCUUUUUACAAUUUUGUUUGGUGUGAUUUUUUUCCAACAAACACAUAUUAUCUUUUGAAAUUAAAAGGUCUUCUUUAUUUUGAAGAGCGGGCUAGCCACAUUCUGUUCAUCAGAGAACACUCACUAGUGCAUUGAGAUACUCAGUGGAUUACUAAUGUAAAGCUUAUUCACUAGCUAAAACAAGACAACUAAUCUGUGUAUAUUGAAAAGAGCUGGAUGGUGAGCAGUGCAUAUCAGGUUCUAUUAUCAAGAGAGGAUUUUUCUCAUUUCUCUCCUUGGUUCCCAGAAAACUGGAGAAGAGGAAAUAUCUUUACCCAGUGUUAAAAUUAAAACUUGUGCUGUUUUUAUCUUGUUCA